AAGUCACGUGGGGCAGGCGCGGCGAUCACGUGAACGUCACGAGAGGCGAAGAUGGCGGCGGAGCGAGAGCCCCCGCCGCUCUUUGACGACGACGAGGAGGAGGAGAAGACGCGUGGCGGUGGCGAGGACGACGAGGAGGAGGAGGAGGGAGACGAGGAGGAGCAGGACGAUGGCGCCGACAUCUUCACCAGCGUCCUCAGCAACCCCGAGAAUCUGAUCAGCCCCUUCUCGCCGGAGCCAGCCAGCUUGCUGUCAGAAGAAAGCAGCUCCAAGUCCAAUGGGUUGCAAGCUCAGUCCCUGGACACCUCACCUGAGGACGACCCAGAUGAUCUGUUUGCUGAGGCUACGGAGGAGGUGUCUCUAGAAAGCCCCGUCAACAGAAUCUCCGUUGCUGCCAACCCAGGGCCCACUGUAAAGCCAAGUCAAGGUGACAUGGCGUCAUCUUUCAAACCUGAUGCCAUCACACCCAGCCCUGUCCCUGCAGCCUCCAAGCUCGUGUCCUUUCAGAGGACCCGAGAUGAGAUUGAAGAGGAAGAAAGUGGAGACACCUUUGACCUUCGAAUAACAAUUACAAACCCAGAGAAAGUUGGUGAUGGAAUGAAUGCAUACAUGGCUUACAAUGUCACUACUACGACCUCGCUGCCCAUGUUCAAAAGGAAGGAAUUCACAGUGAAGCGGAGAUUCAGCGACUUCCUGGGCCUCUACGAGAAGCUGACGGAGAAAUUCAGUCACAGUGGCUUCAUCGUGCCACCCGCACCAGAGAAGAGCGUCUUAGGUAUGACCAAAGUGAAAGUGGGCAAGGACGACCCUUCGUCUGUUGAGUUUGUGGAGAGGAGGCGCGCUGCUUUGGAGAGAUAUCUCCAGAGAACUUCAAAACAUCCUACCCUCAUGCAAGAUCCAGACUUCAGGGAUUUCUUGGAAAGAGAUGAGCUUCCUCGAGCGGUUAACACUCAGGCCCUGAGUGGGGCGGGCAUCCUGCGCAUGGUGACCAAAGCGGCAGAUGCCGUCAACAAGAUGACCAUCAAGAUGAACGAGUCGGACUCGUGGUUUGAGGAGAAACAACUGGAGUUUGAAAACCUUGAAACGCAGCUGCGCAAGCUUCACGGCAACUUUGAGGGACUGGUCAAUCAUCGGAAAGAGAUGUCCUUGAACACGGCCGCGUUUGCCAAGAGCGCGGCCAUGCUGGGAAACUCGGAGGACAACACGGCGCUGUCACGGGCCCUCUCGCAGCUGGCGGAGGUGGAGGAGAAGAUCGACGCCCUGCACCAGGAGCAGGCCAACGCCGACCUCUACGUCUUCGCCGAGCUGCUCGCCGACUACAUCCGCCUGCUCACCUCCAUCCGGGGCGUGUUUGACCAGCGGGCGAAGAGUUGGCAGAGGUGGCAGGACGCACAGGCCAACCUGCACAAGAAGCGCGAGAACGAGGCCAAGCUACAGUGGGCCAACAAGCCAGACAAGCUGCAGCAGGCCAAGGACGAGAUCCGCGAGUGGGAUGCCAAGGUGCAGCAAGGAGAGAGCGAGUUUGAAAUCGUCUCAAAGACCAUCAGGAAGGAGGUCAUGAGAUUUGAGAAAGAACGUGUCAGGGACUUCAAGAAUGGGAUUGUCAGAUACAUUGAGUCUCUUAUAAACACUGAGCAACAGCUGAUCAAAUACUGGGAGGCCUUUCUGCCUGAAGCUAAGGCUAUUGCUUAAUUCCACGAGCUCUCCUCCAAGGCUGUGGAUGCUGAAAGGGACAGGACUGCUUCAAGUAAACAAUCGUACUCGUGCCCUUAAUCGGACGUAGGGUUGAGGAUUUGUCUGAGAGUCCAGGUGGCAUAUUCUCCCUCCCUCUAUAAACAUUGUAUAAAGUUAAUCAGAGUAUGUGGUUUGUACACGCGUCUCGUUAUUUUUCAGCUUUUUAUACAAAACAUUAAAGAUUAAAGAUGUUUGUUUUUCAUCGAAGCUAAUUAUUGAUCUCUUUGUUGAUUGUGCACACAAGUUUGGAUCUUGACCUCGCAGCGGCAGUUGGUAGCUCGGGCAACAGGCAAAUCGCGUUUCCCUGUAAUUGUUGAUUACACGUGCAUUGACGGUCCCGGUGAACUGGCGUGCACUUGGUACCAGUUAGCUGGGAGAAUUCCCUAUGAAUGAGUGGUUUACCAAACGAAGCUGCACCUAGCCCCGAGGUUGUAAAUUCGAAUUGCUCACAUGUUCACCACAGAUGUAUAUUUUGGAAAUGUUUGACAUUAAAUCAAUAAAAUCAUCACUUCUAAAUCUGUACUCCAUUAUAUCUGCAGUGACGUUGCCUUAAUAAACACACUUGUUAAACUUUGUAA